UAAUAAAAUUAUUUUAGCACUAUUUAAUAUCUGAACAUUAAGAAAUUAGUAAUAUAGCUUUUAUACGGGAUCACAAAUCUCUAGAAGAACUAAAAUGAAUACAAUACGUCAAAUAAAAGCCUUACCUUGGUGCAAACUUGAAUGGAGCUACCCGAGUGUUAGUAAGGAAUUUGUUCAAGCAGCAGUGCAGUGCAGUAAGCAACCUCAAGUUAAUAUCUCAGAUGAUAUUAUACAAGAUGUUAUACAAAGGAGCAGAUCAUUUCACAUACAAUUUCCUAUUGAAACCAUCAGAUUAGAAACACUGAAAAGAAAAAGACCAAGAGAAAAAUUAAUAAGAAACAUAAUAUCUACAUAUGCAAUAAUGCAUGAAAGAGUUCUGAUUCUUAUGAUGGCUUUUUUGAACUACAAAAGAGAGUUUGGAUCUGAAAUUGAAAAGAAAUUGUAUAAAGAUAUGUCUGUGCCUCAGUUGGUUGAUAGAAUAUUAAAGAAAAGGGCAGUGGUGUUUAUGUAUGCGAAUGAUUUAUAUUUACUACUCAAUAAAAAAACAGGUACAGAAGGAUGGGAGUCGGUUGGAACCCCAAAUGAGAAGUAUCCUCUGUUACUGGAAAACUGUUUGAGCUAUGACGAGAUGAAACUAUCUGCCAUGGUGUAUGUCAGCGGGUAUACAGAGUGCAUUAAUGAUGGAGCGAGGCACAAUGAGGGUGUUGUACAUGAAGACAAAGCACAGGAUGAGGCUGUUAUUAUAGGUGUUGUCGGUACCCGCUUCGAACGCAAGGGGCGCAUGGAUUGGGAAGAUAUUCUGAUAACCAAAGAACAGAACACAGCUGAGAAUGGCUAUGGACAAGAGGGCAACACUGCUAAGAAAAGGUGGCGACAGUUGUGGGCAGACUUUUAUCAGGUACAAUCCUACACAUACGAGGAAUUGCAAUCGCUCGAUACAAACAGUGAUAAACUUCAACGCCAUAUAAGAGUGGCGCCGGAAGUGAUAUUUGACAACGAGGUGUACUACCGGCGACUGUCCGUGCUCGCCGAGACUACUCUAUUCGAGGCUCAAGCGCGCGGCUCGGAGACCCAAAGAGAUGUCUUUCUUAAUGUAAUUGGGGCUGGCCUCGGUGUAUGGAAGAUAUCAGAGCACCAGGCUGAUGUGUACGUGCUGACGUUUGUGGAGCGAGCUGACAGCCUGCUGCAGGGGGGGCGACUGACGCACAUCAGUGACGUCAACUUCGCAUACGUGAGAGUGGGGGAUAGUGUGCUUGCAAUGUUUGAAAAUACGGCCAGAAGUGAAACAUCGACAAAUCGAAAAAUAUUUUUACCCUGUGAAAAGCACCCCAAAGGUGGUAUCAACAUAACCCUAGAGAACCGCGAGCCCAGCGCGCGACUGAGCGGCGAGCACGCGGGCAAGCUGCUCGUCAUCACGUACCCCUGGGACGGCAACGCGCACCCUGGGAACGAGUUCUGGCUCGGAAGCCUGUCAGGCUCAGGAGACCCGGCGGCGGCGUGCUCGACUCAAGUGUCGGAGCUGCACAACGCGCACGUCAAUCCCGCGCUCACCGGCCUGAACGUGCGCGUCGCCGACCUCAUCAAGAAGUUCGAAAAAGCAGUAUCAAGCCGAUUAGGCCAAGCUGAAAUAAAGCAAGCUGAUCAGAAAAUUAUUGAGCACACAGCCAAAGCCACAAGCAUUCAAGACAAAGAUGUGAAGAUUGAACAUAAGGCUAAACAGGAGAAGGAAGAGAAGGCGACUGAUAAUGGCAUGACUCUUGGGUCUGAAGCUAAAGAGAUGACCUUUGAAGGCAUAUGGGAAGGGUUAAAGUUGAAGAAAGACUUGCAUUUCGGAAGAAUUUCUGAACCCAGCUGGAAAUCUAACAAGCCCAUUAUCACAAAGAACUCGAUCCACUCGAGGACAGCGUACGUGAUAUCGGCUAUAGUGACUGCCGAGACGCCGGAGUGCCUCCUGACCAGGGUGGAACACUUCAUACACCAUCUGCAACAGUACCCUGAGGCGAGGGACUAUGCUAUCAAGGAAGGCGCUAUAAGGGCGCUGAUGCGAGUGCAACACAAACACUCACCCAGCUCUCCCGUCACUAAAGAUCUCUACGGAAUGGUCAAUGAGGCUCUCGCCCUAAUGGGUCACACGGGGCCGCCGAAGAGCCGCGGGCCGAAUGUCCUGUCCAUCGACGGCGGCGGUAUCCGCGGUAUAAUCGCCAUCGAGAUCCUGCGCCACCUUGAGCGGCUGACCGGCCGCAGAGUCCAGGAUUUAUUCGACUAUAUAGUCGGUGUGAGCACCGGUGCCAUCAUCGCCGCUGUCAUUGCAAGCGGCGUGGGUAACUUGGAAACGGCCAACCAGAUGUAUCACACGCUGUCCAAACAGAUGUUCGGGAACACCUCAAUCAUUGGAGGUACAUCCCGGCUAGUGUGGACGCAUUCAUACUACGACACGGACGCGUGGGAGAAACUACUACAGGACAACCUGAAAGACUGCACGCUCACCGAGUGUAACCGACAUAAUACGCCCAAGAUGGCGUUAGUAUCGUGCGUGGUAAACACUGAGUCCCGUCUAGCGCCGUUCCUAUUUCGCACGUACGAGGUUGGGUUCCGCGUUCGCAGCGUGUUCGCGGGCAGCGCGCGCGCCCGCCUGUGGCACGCGGUGCGAGCGAGCGCCGCCGCACCGACUUACUUCAGCGAGUUCCAUUUGGACGGGCUGCUGCAUCAGGACGGCGGUAUAAUGGUAAACAACCCAACCGGUGUAGGCAUACAUGAGGCAAAGUUGCUCUUCGGUGCGGACUCGCUACAGAACGGAACAAUCAUAUCUGUGGGUACAGGCAAGGCGUUGAACAAACACCUUGACUAUCAGCUCAUGAGUAAGGGAGUCAAAGAGGCUUCGGGGACCAGCUGGAAGGACAAGUUUAACAAGAUAUUGGACUCCGCUACGGAUACUGAAGGCGUACACCUCGUGCUAAACGACUUACUUCCCCCCGGCCACUACUACCGGUUCAACCCGCCGCUAAUGGAAGAGUGCGCUAUGGACGAAAUCAACCCUGAGAAACUCCAGCACAUGAUCACAGACACCCAAGCUUACAUCCGGCGGAACCAGCAUAAGUUCGAGCAAGCGGCAGCCAUGUUGAUCCGCAAACGGACCAUCUCUCAACGGCUCUUUGACUAUGUUCACCACAAGAGCCAACUGAUGGGCAUUUCGCAGGCCAACUGACAGUCAUGGAGACAGCAAGACUUGGAUACUUGCUGAACAAGGAUGGGUGUUCAAAAUUCUUGAAAAUUCCAGAGUGUUGAAGUGUGUGAAAGAGACGCAAGCUGACUAGAUGUCGUACGAAUCGCAUAUUUGAUACUAAGGAAAUUUACCUACAUUGAAACACGACGCGAAUGAAUAAUGAAAGUUACUAAAAUAAAACGCAGCGUUUCUCUGCGUGAAAUCACGCGAAAAUUGGAUGUGAAAAGACCUAUUAUUAUUGUUUUCUAUAUUUUUAGUAAUGUGGCGCCAUCUUUUUUUCUAACUGUGCUAUGCUCAGUUUAAGAGUACUUUAGGUUAAAGCUUUAAAUUGAUAUUUGUUCUUAAAGUUUUAUGUUUGAGCAUAAAGAGAGCAAAUAAUAAGUGUAUAGUUUCAAAUUAUAUUACUUAUAUACUUUGUAUGUAGGUUUUGUUAUGUGUCAAACGCAAUAGUGAUAUUUUAAUAAUGGUUAAACUUAUAUGUUUCGAAUAUUAUAUUAAUAGUUCAUUAAGAACUAUAUAAUGACACCAACAUAAUAUGAAAUAAUAAAAUAGAGUAGAUAUAGUUUGAACAAAUUGUUUACUCCUAACUCCACUAUUUUGCGCUAAUUUUAAUAUCUUAGGAUUAUAAUAUCUUUAUCUCCUAUUUACGUGUAUUUAGUACAUAGAUAUAUGAGACAAUACAAAAUAUGUAUCCUAAAUAGGCACUAAGUAUACUCGGUAAUAAACAAUACUUACAGGAUUAUGUCGGCGUUUUAGAUUUUAACAUAAUUAAAGUAAAUACUGUAAUACAUUUUACAUGUAAAUGUCUGAAGAAGUUCUUAUUGAUUGCUUCUAAAUUCUACUCUAUAAUAUUAUAAAACUUAAUUUUUCUUGUUAUUUUUAUAGUUUAG